UGUGGGAAGAGGGCAAGAUUCAGAGGGAAGAAGAGAGCGACUGGUGGAAGUGGGAGAAACUUUGUUUUUGCAAAGAGAAGAAGAGAGAGAAGAAACCAGGAGCAAAGAGAACGUAGCAGUUUUUGUCCAUCAUGCGCCUCAGUUUGGUGAUGCUUUUCAUCCUCCUUUCCCAAAUGGAGCUGGCUGAAGUUUGGGCUGGGCAGCACUCAGAUUCCUGGUACGGCGUGCAGUCACGGCGGCGUGAGGAAUUAACUCCUGGUGACGGAGCUGGGAGAUCAUCCACAGACCACAGCAGAAUAAGCAGGGCAGUUCUGGGAGGAGGAGUAACAAUCAACACACUGCCAGACAACAUGACACGUGUGGUGGAGGAUUCUGGCAGGUACUACACGUGGCAGAGGUUCGGCCCAGAGGACCGGCGUACGCGGGACCUGUGGGUGGACAUGAGCGAUGUCCGGCACGGCCAAGUUAGGGUGCAUGGCAUUCUGUCAAACUCCUACAAGCAGGCUGUGAGGGUUGCCUUGUCUUUUGACUUUCCUUUUUACGGACAUUACAUGCGACAGAUCACCAUAGCAACAGGAGGGUUCAUCUUUACGGGGGAUGUUACACAUCGUAUGCUGACCACCACACAGUAUAUAGCCCCUCUAAUGGCCAAUUUUGACCCCAGCCACUCAAAAGAAUCCACUGUACAAUACCUGGAUAAUGGAGAAGUGUUUGUUGUCCAGUGGGAGCGGGUCAGACUGGCAGGCAAAGAGUCAGAGGGCGCCUUCACAUUUCAGGCUGCGCUCUCUAAAACGGGGACAAUUACGUUUAGCUACCGAGACAUACCGCUGCCGCUAGAUGUGAUUGGAUCAGCCGAACAUCCAGUGAAGGCCGGUUUGUCCGACGCCUUCCUGGUCACUUCACCCUCCUCUGAGUCAGAAGCCGCAGCUCAGCAAACAAUCUACGAGUACCAUCGAGUUGAGAUAGACACGACAAAGAUCAGUAGUUACUCUGCAGUAGAGUUCACACCCCUGCCUACCUGCCUUCUGCACAGCAGCUGUGAGCUCUGCCUCUCAUCCAACCAAACCUCUGGCUGCAGUUGGUGUAACGUUCUUCAGAGGUGUUCGGAUGGUAUGGAUCGGCACAGACAGGAAUGGCUGGAUUAUGCCUGUUCAGAUGAGAGCAAAGACGCAACGUGUGACGAUUACCUGAGGGAAGACAGCUCCACUGGUUCGCCAGAGGCUGGAGACACGACGUCUUUGACUCCUCUUCAAAAAGGCUGUGAAAACGAUGAUGAAACUAAACGUCACAUAUUGAAGACUGGCAGCGACGUGAAAACAGAUUCUUCAUCCGCGACCAAAGGGUGGUCCGACAUAGGAGUGGUAGCUGGUAUAGCGGCUGCUCUGGUGCUGCUCCUGGGUUUGAUACUCGUUGCUCUUUACAUCCACUGCUCUCCAACUGCCACAUCCUCACUUUACCUCAUCCAGAGACGCAGGAGCUACUGGCCUUCCUUGAAGUUUCAUAAGCAACAGCCUGCUUACACAGAGGUGGAAGGAGAAGGUCACGACAAACACAGCAUUGUUGAGGCCGGGCCAUGCUGAGAGCACGAAUUCAAAAAUUCGAUGAUCAAGAUAUUUGCUUUUAGGCUCGUAAUGUCAAAUGUCAAAAUGUCGUAAUGUUACCAAAACAUUUCAGUUCAAAUGUUCUUGAUGCCACGUUAAAGAAAUUAAAUGGUUGGAGAUGUUUGGGUUCAGAAGUGUAAAUUACAAGGCAAAAGUUUGGGUACACCAGCUAAUGGUUGGUGCUGUAUAUCUCUGCUGAGAAGCACAUGCAUGUUGUGGUGCAGCUCCGGUUCAUGUUGCUUCUAAUCGUGUAGCUGUGUUUUUCUUUUUUUUACUUCUUGUUUUGUUAUGGUAAAAUGCCUUGCUCCUAGGUCCAGUGAAACAACAAAACACAAGCUUUGAUGUGCUGUAUGCAUGAGGGAUUUUUGUGCUGUUGUCCAUUUGCGGCUGUGCAUGACAAUAAGGAUAUCGUUUUUCUAGAUCUUUUACCCCAAUAAAAGAUUUUUCAUUUGUGAUAGGUUCCUGAAGAAUGUGUUUAUGUGUGUGUGUUUUAUGUAUUUUUGUUUUGCUGUAUUUUCUGAAAUCAUCUUGC